AUGAAGAAGGUCCUAAGAGGAGACGUGUCAGAUCUCCCCCGGAAUCAGGUGAAGAAGAUUGCGAAGAUCUCUGAUCAGUUUGUAUUAGAUUCGCGAGAAGUCCUCUACAGGCUGAGCACACCCACUCCUGAGAGACCUCGCAACAAACAGUCGGAACUCAGGCUGGUAGUCCCAGAGACUUUAUGUGCCGAUAUGUUACACUACUCGCACAAAGACUUUCAAGGCGGCCACCAAGGAAUCAACAGGACGUUUGAACGAUUACGUUCAGAGUUCUACUGGAUCGGGAUGUACGCUGAUGUACAGAAGUUCGUGAGAGAGUGUGUGGAUUGUGCGUCAGCCAAGGGGCAAUCUCGGUCCUUGGCCCAUCACCUGACAAUAUCGAACCGAGAUAUCCGUUCUAGGUGGUCUCUAUGGAUUUUGUCACUGAGCUACCUGAGUCCGAUCGUGGAAAUACCUACUUGUUGCUGUUCCAAGAUCAAUUCUCAGGAUAUAUCAUGUGCAAACCCAUGCGGAAUACCGAAGCCCAAGGUGUUGCUGAGGCAUACGAAGAGUGCGUAUUCAGAAGAUUUGGGGCAUGAUCAGGAUCCCCGCUUCUUGAGUAAGGUCUUUGCCAGAUUUAGAGAUCUUCUGAAAAGUAAGCAACGUGCGACGCUAGGAUAUCGGCCUCAGGCCAAUGGACAGCAAGAACGCUCAGGAACGCUCAGUCCAAACGGUAAUGCGAAGUGUCAGAGCGUAUGUCGC